GGUUGAUCCGCCGCAGUCUUCACAAGCUGAGGCUAAACACUGCAACGAAUCUCACACUUGCUUCCCAACACCAUGGGUGCAUCAGCGUCGAAACCCGUGAAGUCCGCAGCGGCGGCAGCUUCACGGCGUCAAUAUCCCAAACAGCCCACGACAUCCACUUCCAGACCUCCCACCUCCACACCCGCAUCAGCACCGCGAGCGCCACAACCACAACCGCAACCACAACCCAGGCUUCACGAGCAGCCGCAGCGCAGUCCUCGCCCCAGCCCACAACCCAGCUCCUCGAGACCUGCAACAUACUACCCCAAAAACCAAGAGCAAGCGUCCCUCGAGAAAUCAAGCGCAAUCGACAUCGACGGCCGCGACCCCGACUUCGCCGCCUCCCUCCGCAGCAUCGGCCCCGUCACCCCGAACCCAACCUUCUCUCCCUCGAGCACCUUCAACCCCGCGCAGCGAUCCUUCGGGGGGCCAGGCGCCCCGACGACCGCCUUCGCGCCCGCCCCGAACCCAGCCCUGUUGACCGUCACGGCGCGGCAACGGAUCACCCAGGCGGCGGAGGAAGAAGUGGACAACCUGGGAAGGCCGGACUUUGUCGGACGAGAGUAUCUGGAUGCGUUGACGAUCCGGCAGGUGUUGGCCAUGCGGGAUCGGCAGGGUCUGCCGGCGAGGGAGAUUGAGCGGGUGAUGCGGUUGAAAAGUGGGGUGGUAAAGCGGUUGGGGGCUAAGGGGGUGGUGGGGGAUCUUGGUUAAGAUAGCAGCCAGGAUGGGUUCGAUUGCUGUCUUGUCAGGCGGUUGCGGUUUGUCUUCUGAGGUGUUUUUCCUUAGGGGGAGGACUGUGCAUGAUGGGGCUACGGUAGUGGUGUGAUGGUUUGGGGACUUGAACUGUAAGAUAACAAUCUAAUGCUUUUCUAUCAUCCAGGAAUGGUAGAUAUGCAUUACCAUAGCUCUAUUAGUCGAGUGUGUGAAGAGCACUGACAACAUCACUUGUACAAUACUUUUUUCUAUAUGAAGAUACUCCAGGUGGAGGGUGCUUUGGCGGGAUGUCAUGUACCGUGAUCUGGGAGGACGCAAGACAAAAGUCACCUGCCGACUGAGACAUCAUCGCCUGUCUUCCUCCCGUCAGCAGCAACUUCCACCUCAACCUCGUUCAUCACCUUACUCGC